CCAUUAUCGCGGUGGUGAGCUGUGCCUGGGGUGUCACAACCCAUGGCGGAGCCAAGGGUGUUGGCGAGUCUACAACAUCUGCAGUGGUCGUUUCUCUGGUUGGGGUUUUCAUUGCAGAUUUUGCUCUGUCCUGCCUGUUCUUCCAGGGUGCUGGUGAUUCACUCAAGUAUGCAAUGGGUUGAGGCAGGGUCACUGCAGAGGAAAUUUUUGCUUUGUAGGAGUGUAGCAUAAUCUUGUACAUUAACAAGAAUGGUGCAGUAGAUUCAAAUAGGCGAACAUUGCAACAUCAGCCACUCUCCAGGAAUGUACGUGUAUAAAGCAAUGCUUACCAUCUAUGGUACCAACAAGCUACAACUACUAUGGAAUGUUAUAUCCUGCAUACUGCUCUUCUAUGCUUUCUUCAAUUUUGAUUCACCGCAUAAGAUCCACCUUGGCAAGAAAACUUUCGACUUCACCAUAUCGGCUUCUAGGUUGUUGCAUGAGAUCCGCUCGAAUUCAAGACGUGUUCAGGAAAAGGUGGAUAAUGAACAGAGGUUUGCAGAGAUCACCCAGAACAUUACCAACAUUGCUGCAAAUGUGACGUCUGGAUGGAGCAUUUUGAAGGAAGAAUUCACAUUUCCUGCUAGGAAUGCCCCUUUCAAUAGCUGUCAUGCUUCCACUAUUGUACAGAUUGAUGAAAGCAAUUUUUUGGUGGCAUAUUUUGGUGGAUCCAUGGAAGGUGCUCCUGAUGUCAAAAUUUGGUUGCAGAGAUAUAGUGGUGGUCACUGGCAUCCUCCGGUAGUGGCUGAUGAGCAAUUUGGGGUGCCUAUGUGGAAUCCUGUUUUGUUUCAGCUUCCCUCUCGUGAGCUACUUCUCUUCUACAAGAUUGGUCAAGAAGUCCAGAAGUGGAGUGGUGCCAUGAAAAGAUCGUUGGAUGGCGGCAUAACCUGGUUACCAAGAGAGCAGCUACCACCUGGUAUCCUUGGUCCAAUUAAGAACAAGCCUUUCUUGCUUGAAGAUGGCCGCCUACUAUGUGGAUCAUCAGUUGAAAGCUGGAACUCUUGGGGUGCAUGGCUUGAGGUUACACAAGAUGCUGGGCGGACAUGGAGAAAGUAUGGCCCUAUAUAUUUGGAUGGGCAACCACUUGGGGUGAUCCAGCCAGUUCCCUACCGUACUGCAAAAGGGGUUAUUCGAGUUCUACUGCGAUCAUUUCAGACAAUAGGCCGCAUCUGUAUGGCUGAUUCCUUUGAUGGUGGUGUGACAUGGAGUUUUGUGCGAGGGACUCAGCUUCCGAACCCAAAUUCUGGUAUUGAUGGAGUAAAGAUGAAGGAUGGAAGAGUGGUGCUUGCCUACAACACCUUCUCCAGAGGAACGCUCAAACUUGCGGUCUCCUUGAAUGAUGGUGAUUCUUGGAACGAAAUGAUGACAUUGGAGGAUACCAGUGGUAUGGAGUUCUCAUAUCCUGCAGUGAUUCAAACCAUGGAUGGUCUUAUACAUGUGACAUACACAUACAACCGGACACAGAUUAAGCAUGUUGUUGUUAAGCCCGGUGCCACAGUGAAUUGAGUCUGCAACCACGGGAUGAUUAUGGAUUGCAACCUCGAGGAACUUAAAAACUUGUCCAGCAACUUUGUCUGACCAUUACAUCAUACGGGCUAGACUAUCUUUUAUUUCGCUUCUCAGUUAGGCUUGUUGCUAAAGAAGCGUUUUCAACUACAUUUUAACAGAAUAUUUUCGAGCUUUCUUCUUAAUAUAUUGAUACGCAGCUCUCCUGCGUGUUCGAGAAAAACAGAAUAUUUUCGAGGCACAAAUUAUACUGUAAAAAAUUGCUAAAUAUAUGUUUGAAAUGGAAAGAUUAACCCGCUA